GCGGAGCAGGCGGGGUCUGCGGCGGGGGUAGACGCGUAGCCGCGGGCUGCGCCCACUGCGUCCACCCGCGAGGGUAGUGAGGGCCCCACAGACCCCUCGCGGGGCUCGGACCCGGAGCGUGGCCGGGGCGGUUGGAGUCCGGCAUGGCCCGGAGCCCAGCUGCGCUACUGCUGUCGCCUCUGAUAUUCCUGCUGCUGACAACGCCUGUCCAGGUCUCCCCCGACUACCAUUACUUUGGCGAUCAGGGAGAAGGAGACACCUGGGAGCAGUUACGGCUGCAGCUUCAGGGGAAAGACGCGGAGGACUCGAUCCUUGGCCCGUGGGGAAAGUGGCGCUGUCUUUGCGACCUGGGCAAGCAGGAGCGCAGCCGUGAGGUGCUGGGCACAGCGCCGGGCCCAGUGUUCAUGGACCGCGAGAACCUGGUGCAGUUUUCCAAACUCAGAACUCUGCGGUCCACCUCCGGAACUACGAUUCCCAGGAAGCAGCACGGCAGUGGCGUAGGCUUUGCCUUCGCAAACGUCGACGGCGGUGGGAGCGUUGGGGGCGUGUCCUAUGCGCUGAUUGGCUGGGCCCGCGGUAAACGCGUCCUGAUCUGAGCUUCCGCACCUAGUUCCUGCAGCUG